AUGAGAAUAGUGCUGCUAGAUGCAAGUGGCAAUAUUUGCCGGCUUUGGAAGCAAGAAUUGAGACGCUUGAAAAAAGAGGUGGUUGAUGCGAUGCGAUGGGGUGACGAGAAAUUGGAGGUUUCUGUUUUCAACGGGGAUAUAGAAGAGCUUAAGCUUGACACAAACAAGGAAACCAAAAAGGAAACCGUCUUUUUCUCGCCGGGCAACUCCUUUGGCGGAAUGGGCGGUGGCUACGACAGAGCGUUGGCGUGCCUGUUUUCCGAUACUGGGGACUGGAAAACGACCGACCGGUACGUGAAAAAAUGGAUUGUCGAAAACAGUCAAGGAUACUCGGCUCCAGGAACUGCGCGACUGAUUCGAAUCAACACGCCGAAUUCGACAGCCUGGCGCAAGUACAGGGCCAGCGCGAUACUGCACAUCCCGACAAUGAGAACUCCAGAAUCCCUUGCAUUUUCUGACGAACAGACAAUCCAAUCCGUUUUUGACUGGACCUGGCAAAGUCUGGUGCGAGUCAGAACAGAGCCGUCUGUGGAUGUAUUUGUCCUGACGGGGAUGGGAACGGGCACCGGCGGUCUUGCAGAGUGGCUGGUGUGCCGGGUGAUGGUGGCUGCGAUUGCCAUGUUUGGUAACCGAAUGGGCAAAGAAGUAUUGUCCUACCUAGACAGCCCACAUCGAAGCAUUAUCGAAAAAAAACUAUACGACUAA